AUGGCCCAGCAAAAAGUUAUCAAAUACACAGUUGAACACAACCGCAAAGAUGGUGUAUCUGAGGAGGACUUUAUAGAGUGGUUCACCAAUACGCUCAUACCCCAGAUGGUUCCUGUUAUGCAGAAGAACAACAUCUUGAAAUAUGCAGUUCAUAAGACAGAUCACCAGAUUAGCACAGCCUUCCAGUCUCAGGUGGAUAAGGUGCGGCCUGGCUGGGUGGUGAGCAAGUGUGACCUCAUUUUGGAGCAUUGGGUCAAUGACUUGGGAGAUAUCAUGAAGCUUUCCCAGGACCCGGAAUGGGCAGCUGCCCUAAAGGAUCAAGACGUGUGGAUGGAUAAUUCCAAGUCCAAUAUCCACAUUGGUUAUGACACGAUAUACAUUGAGGACGGGACCAUCACCAAUGUACCCCGAAAGUGA